AUGUCUCUUGAGGGCUAUUCUCGCCUUUGCAGUGCCACGUCCCAUAGAAAUCACUGCUACAUCCCUGUGACUCCUUCCAUCGCUGUCUGCUCCGAUGAUGUAAACCCUACCUUUGGACACUACUUACCCAGCAGCUACCAAGGCAAUCUCUGGCUUCUGGACCAUUGCCAACACUCCUACUGUGAAGCGCCUUGCUGUGACUCUCCCAAGACUUGCCCUGCAAGUUCUGAUCCCACGGACUCCUGUGUGCCUUGCAAGUCCCCAACUGCAAAUCAAGUUGUUAGUGACUGCAAAACUACCAACAUCAGAUCCAGACCCAGCUGCAGUCCCUGUCCUGGGACCAAAGGGUAUGUAUCCAACUGCACCACCGCUACUCGAUUUGCAUCUAAAGCCUGUCAGACUCUUCAAAAUGGCUCCCACUGCAUAGAGCAAUAUAAUUCCUUCCUCGGGAAUCUUCAGGCCCCAUACCACUGUAUUCGGGGCAACAAUGAGUACAGAAGCUAUAGAAAUGUUGGAUUCAUCACCAAUGGCUUCUCUCCAUCUUGUUACACUAUCAGUAGCUACCACCCCCGAAGUUACCUAAUGAAUUAUUGCCAGUAUCCAAAUUAUGGGUCUUCAAGCUUCCCAUCACGGAGCUACCUAUGUAGAAAUUUUCGGUCUCUGAGCUGUAUUCCCAGUACAUUUCCACCUCUGAGGUACUUAUGCAGCAGUAACAGACCUCUGAAUUGCUACUGA